ACCACUGAAUACACAUUAAAAUAACCAAACCAUGCGCUCAUGUUAAAUAUAUACAUACAAUACUGACAAUGUCGCCGCUGACUUGUGUAAUUCUAAAUGGAAACGGAGCUAAAUUACGUUAAAUCGUUACUCACAGGCUUGAGUUCAUCUCGGUGUGUUUUGGACGCCGUUAAACGGGGAUGGGAAGCCUCCAGUGAGGAGUGGCGGUAACGUGUCGACGCCGGGCAGCUGCCGUUAUGUCUCUGCGACUUGUUUCGUGGUUUCUGCUGCUCUUCUUCCUGAAUGUAUUCAAACACGAAGUCCCGGCGGCUGAGUCGGUGCUCAGUGCCUCCAAAACUUUGGUGUGGGGACCCGGACUGGAGGCGAACGUGGUCCUCCCUGCCCGGUUUUUCUACAUCCAGGCGGUGGACAGUUCAGGGAAAAAUUUAACGACAUCACCUGGUGAGAAGACCUUCGAAGUGAAGAUCGUGUCUCCGGUGGAGCAGUUCACCAGGAUUUGGAUCCAGGUCCUGGAUCGUAAGGAUGGCUCGUUCUUGGUUCGCUACAGAAUGUACGCCACCUAUACGGACCUUCACAUCCACAUUUUGCUCAAGAACAAGCAUGCUGCCAAGUCACCAUUUAUUCUCAAAGGUCCAGUCUAUCAUGAGGGAUGCCACUGUCCUCAGCCCAGUGGCUCUGUAUGGGAGGCCCACAUGCACUGUCCUCAGUCCUUCCCUCAGAUAGACAGAGAUCUGUCUCUUUUGACUAGUGUCGACCCGGAUCGCAAUGCACAGGAGAUCCCACAGCGAUUUGGACAGCGGCAAAGCCUCUGCCACUACACAAUCAAAGACAACAAGGUCUAUGUUAAAACAUUUGGAGAACAUGUCGGUUUUAGAAUUUUUAUGGAUGCCAUCCUCCUGUCACUCACCAGGAAGGUGAGGCUCCCUGAUUUCGAGUUUUUUGUUAAUCUGGGUGACUGGCCUUUGGAGAAGAGGAAACCCACAGAGAAGAUCCAUCCCAUCUUUUCCUGGUGUGGCUCUAACAACACCAGAGAUAUCAUCAUGCCCACUUAUGACCUGACUGAGUCUGUGCUAGAGACCAUGGGAAGAGUAAGCUUGGACAUGAUGUCAGUUCAGGCCAACACUGGGCCGCCGUGGCCAGAGAAGAAUGCUACAGCCUUCUGGAGGGGGCGGGACAGUCGUCAGGAGCGUCUGGAGCUGGUCAAGCUUUCAAGGGCUCAUCCCGACUUUAUAGAUGCUGCUUUUACUAACUUCUUCUUCUUCAAACAUGAUGAGAGCCUCUAUGGGCCGCUGGUCAAACACGUCUCAUUCUUCGACUUUUUCAAGUACAAAUACCAAAUAAACAUUGAUGGCACUGUAGCAGCAUAUCGACUGCCUUACCUGUUGGCAGGAGACAGUGUGGUCUUCAAGCAGGAUUCUGGCUACUAUGAGCAUUUCUAUAAUGAGCUUCAACCAUGGGAGCACUACAUCCCUAUCAAGGCAGACCUGGGAGACCUGCUGGAAAAGAUCCAGUGGGCUCGGGACCACGAUGAAGAGGCAAAGAAAAUUGCUCUUGCAGGUCAGCAGUUUGCCCGCAGUAAUCUUAUGGGAGACAGUAUAUUUUGCUACUACUACCAACUUUUCAAGGCGUAUGCCAAACUCCAGGUCACAGAGCCUAAGGUUCGUAAAGGCAUGGAGCUCGUAGAGCAGCCAGCUGAUGACCUGUUUCCAUGUCACUGCCACAGGACGAUGGUAAGAGAUGUCAGUGAAAGAUGAACUUUGAUUGACCCGUUUCACAGCCGACUACAGAGCAAUUCUUCAUAUCUCAUAUAUCAUCAAAAAUAUUUUUACCACAUUUGUGAACUAUCUGUAUAAUUCUUGAUAUGAAUAUCACAUUCUCAUUUUAUAAAUAAAUGUUCUCUCCUUUUUA